AGGAGUAGACUUAGGGUUGCUAACUACUACUGCCCCUUCCUCGAAGUGCGGAGUCCUAAAACUCAUCGCUCCGCGUGUGCUGAGUUCUGAGCCCCGGGGCAUUCAAUCGCUCUAGAUCCAUUCGUGCUCGGAUUUGAAGCCCGACAAUUCUGAACCCGACUCAGGUACGGAGGUUAACAGCUGCGUGCUGACGGAGUGUGCUGUUGUGAACUUGUAGCUGUGUUCGGAGUUGGGUUUGGAGCUGGUUGCAUUUUUUUUCCCGAGUUUGUCAGGUGUGAAAUCGUCGAAGAAGCCAUGGCGUCCGCUUUGCUGGAGGUCUCUAUGACGGCCUCUGCUGCCGUCAGAGCAAAUGCGCAGGUGCAGAGACUAGGGGAUCUCAGGAUCGGAGAGCAGAUCGGCUUUAGAAGCAUGCAAAUGAGAGGCGUGAAGCUCGCAAUUCCGCAGCCUCUUCGAUCGACCCGCGUGAACAACUCCGUCAGAAUAUCUGCCGUGACUGCUGAAUCAUCCUCUCCAGUGUUUCAAGACUCUUUGAAGAGGGCUGUUGCAAAGAAAGCAGUGGAAUUGGUGAAGCCGGGAAUGAUCGUUGGCCUGGGAACCGGCAGUACAGCAUCAAUGGCUAUUGAAGAGUUGGGCAAGCUCAUUGCAGCUGGAAAGCUGAAAGACGUCAUGGGUGUGGGCACAAGCUACCAAGCGAGAGUCCUCGCCCGACAAUUCGGAGUGAAGACGGUAGAUUUGAACGAUGUCAAUGUCAUUGACAUUGCGUUCGAUGGAGCGGACGAAGUUGAUGGCCAGAUGAAUCUUAUCAAGGGUGGUGGAGCGGCCCACACCAUGGAGAAAGUCGUAAACACCAUGGCGAAGAAGACUGUCAUCCUGGUCGAUCAGUCUAAAGUGGUCUCGGAGUUGGGUUUGACUUUCCCCGUGCCGGUUGAGGUUCUCCCCUUCGCCAUUUCUCCCGUGUUGCGCUCGUUGGUAGCCCUCGGAGGGGAGCCGGAGAUCAGGAGUGCCUUGAGGAAAGAUGGUCCGGUGAUCACAGACUUGGGCAACAUGGUUGUGGAUGUCAGAUUCCCGGGAGGUAUUAAGGACCCAGCUGAUCUUGAACGCCGUAUCAACAUGAUUCCAGGGGUUGUAGAAAACGGACUUUUCGUCGGAAUUGUGGAGACAGUUUUGGUGGCAACGAAGGAUGCCGAGGAGACUGUCAUCAUUGACCUUGCAGACUACGUUAAAAACCUGCAACAAGCGAAGAAUGAUGCAGCUGAGGAGAAGGCCUCUUCAUCAUAGAAUUGGAAAAGUGAUUUGUCAUUAGUUAGAACUUAAUUUACAGGUGUCCACCUGAGACGGCGCUCUUUCAAGGUUACACAAUUUUGCUUCCAGAUUGAAAAUGGUUUUAUCAGAAUCUCUACCUGGUACUACUUGACCUAUCCCCGUAGAUAUAGACUCGACCUCCUAGUUGUGACUUUAUAACCGUGACCAUUAGCAGAUAUUACACUGCUGUUUCUAACAACCUCCCUCUAACAACCAAUUGGUUACUGUAAGAUGUGUUCUUCAUAAAUCCAGAUCUGGACGGACAACCCCAAGACGGGAAGCCACAUGAUGAGAUGUGAAGCUGCGUUCUGUUGCAAGUAAUAAAGCAGUAUAGAUGCGUCACAUGGAUGUUAGACGAAAAGUCAAAGCUCCGAGAAGAAGUGUACACGUACAUAAAAGCAUCGCCCCUCCCACCGUAUAUAUGGAAUCUAUCACGUGCUCGUGUCCCAGAUUUCGUUUUGGGGAAAUGUAGGAAGGUAUCGCAGAUAUUUCUUUGAUUGAUUUGUAUUGCUGCUGUACCCUCGUCAGUUUAGGAAAACGUGUAUAUACCGUGUGUAGUUCUGCUUAGUGCAGCUUAUAAACACCGACAAUUGUAGUC